GCGAAGGCAGGACGACAACGCAGACAGGAAUUGAGAAGAUGUCUCCUGCAGCACUGACUCCAUCCUACUACUAUAGAGAGAGGAAGCCCUCCCCCUCAAGUAUUCCACUCUCCUUCCCCAUCAGGGGGGACGAGGAGACGGGUGAGGUCGCCGAGUCUGGAAUGAAUCAAGGGGGAUGGGACCGGCCAGCGCUCGCAGACACCCCCAUCCGCUUGUGGCGCUCCAAUCCCGGCCCAGAUGGGACGCUGCGUGGACUGUGGCGGAGCGAGGGCGGGGCUCCGUGGCCGCAUUUGACAGCUGCAAAAAUAGAAAAUGUAUCGCGCAUAGAAGAUGAGGGGACGCAUGCUGCUCCCAGCACACUCCCGGAGAAUGGAGCGAGCUCCGACAUCCGCAUGAAAAAAAAACCAUUUGUGUGUGUUGAUUGAUACAUUCUUCUUAUUCUGUAGAAGCAAUUUGGACUAUGCACCGCGCUUUCUCCUUCCCGGUGACGGCGGAACGCAGCCGGACCAAGGAGCGCCUGGAGGCCAGUUUGGCCGGCUUGUGCGAGCUGGAGCUCCGCAAGCAGCGGCAAGAGGGGCUGGUGCUCGGGGCGCUGGCUCUGGGCGACCCCCGGCCUCCGCAGCAGCCCCCCACAACAGGGGACGUGUCCCGGUUCAGCUGCUGGGGCCAGGAUAACCUGACACUGAGGCGCCAGCUGAGUGCUCUUCAGAGUUCGCCGUGGGGUCUCAUGCAGGCGUUGGAGCAACAGGUGGGAGAGCUGCGCAUUGACACCGACCACCAUGAUGCCGCUCAAGGAGACACAGGUGACAGUCGACCGAGUUCAGGUUUCUAUGAGUCAAGUGAAGGUCAGUCGCCUAAAGGGAGAACUUGUUCCACGGAGCCCACAGAGAUGGUCUCUUCCUGGCCUUACACCAACGAAAGGCCCAAGUCUGUGGGAGACCCCCUCGUGUUUGAUGGAGAAUCAGACUUGGCAGUUCCUCAAAGUGGUCUGCCACGCUCAUUCUCUGCCCCCCACCCACCUCUGGAGGGCAUCGCCGAGGAAGGCACACCAGUAGAGUCAUGGAUGCUGCAGCCCAGCCGAGCGGAGCAGCCGUGGCAGAAGCAGCAGCUGCCGGGGGAUCACGUGGCAGACGAGGACUACCAGCAGACCAUGAGGGUGGAGGGUUACAUACUUCAUCUUGUCCAGCGUCACACCCUUUCACCGCGGCCGUGUCAGCCUCGUACUACUCUUAGUCCUGACCCUCCAUACAACUUUACCCCUGCACAUGCCUCCCUACACAGGAAAAGCCCCUCUCUUUCCACAGAGCACGGUCAUCCAGGCCCUCAAGUUGACCUUUCGUCCAACCCAAUGAGCCCAAGUUGGGGUUGUGACCUGCCAGAGGGUGAGGCCUGUGGAGGAGAGGCCCCAUCUUUGGAAGAAGAGCGCUAUUUGAUACUGCCCUACCCCCAGUGUAGGCCACACUCCCUGACUGGGAGGUUACCAUCACCUCUGCCCUCCCUGGACCCCAACUGCGGUACUGGGGCGCUUAACCUUUGUUGUGAACCCUCAACCCCCCAGCAUUGUCCACAGACCCCAAUCAAUCACAAGCACAAUCUAGUAAGUGCUCAAUACAUCCCAGGGCAGACCUUUCAUGCCCCGUUACGCUCCCCAAGACACUUCAACCCAACGCAGUCCAAAGCCCGCCAGGCCUCUCCUGACCAUCACAAUGCCAAGUCCAGAAACUCAAGGAAGGCCCACAAUGAAAAACAGAGGUCUAAAAAGUCGAGCAGUAAAUCCAGUCGAUCCCAGUCAGAGAACAGCCUCCUUGGCCAGCGGGUGCUGCCUGAACGAAGGUACAGCACCACGGAGAGGCAUCAAGGCAGAGGGGAUCAGGCUCAAGGCCAAGUUGCUAAGAUUCAUGUAGGAAACAACAGCGACAAAGCAAACCGACGCUGGUGUUCCAACCUGGAACUGAGUCAAGACGAAGGGGAAAACCACGUGGAGCAAGGACAUCGGAGGCCACCUCGAAAAGCUCGCCAUGGUCACAGUGGUCAUCAUCAGCAGCAGCAGCAGCAGCAGCAGCAGCAUCAUCAUCAUCCGCAGCAGCAGCAGCAUGCCCAGCGCUGGCACGCAGACUUCCAGCACCGAGCGCCACUUUGCCAAGGAGAGGACGCUUACAUGGGAGCUGCCCCCGCAGAGUCCUCGUCCAGCAUGAGUGAAGUGUACUCGCCGGCCUCCAGCUCGCUCUCCAGCGACUCGGACGAGAGCGGGGGGCUUGUGUGGCCCCAGCAGCUGCCACCUCGUCUCGCUACCACACCCUCUUCAUCCUCACCCUCAGCCCAGGCCGCCGCCAACCCGCCCGCGCAGCCAAAGGCCUUUGUCAAGAUUAAAGCCUCCCACGCCCUCAAGAAGAAGAUCCUCAGAUUCCGCUCGGGAUCUCUCAAAGUCAUGACCACCGUGUGAAUUGGUUUAAAAACCGAAGCAUCACUCUCAGUUGCAGCUUUUCUCGACUCCUUGCUGUGUAAUUAAAGGCUGACACGUCAUGGUUGCUUGCGUCAUGCUUCCACAUUAAAACUGAUGGCCUCCAUCUUCCCCUAAGUGAUGUUAAUUGACUUGAAGCCAAAUUACACAAUGUUGACAAGUCCCACAUUGUUGCUAUGGAGCUGAUGUCCAAAGGAAUUAUUAUUAAUGACUCAUCCAUUCAUGCUUCAUAAAUUCCCCGUGUAUGGUAGACUGUGACACAAAUAUUGUAACGACAAUUAAAAUGCUGUGCAAAACUCUCAGGCCACCACUAGCUUUGUUAUUUUAAGUAAGUAAUUGGACAAAUACAGCAUUACACCAAAAUUACAAUAAACUAUUUCGCCAAAACUAUGUAGACCGGCAGUGCAUGGACCAAGACAGAAGCCAUAAAACUUUGAUGAGGCUCUGGAUAAGGCUGUGGAUACAGGAAUUUAUUUUCACUGUUUGGGUCAGGAGACAGGGGAGUUUAUCACCUUCCAUUAACCAGGAAGUAGCUUGUUAACCAAUCAAUGGACAAGCACAAAUAGACACAGGGGUAGAGGUCUGCGCUUGGCUGAGUGACGUUCUGAUUAUACACUGUAUGGUCAUUAUGGCAUUGAUAGCAACAAAUGUAAAGGAUGGGCUGAGACUUUUGCAGAGUACUGUACAAAAUGGCUUCAAGGCUUGGCAAACAUUGUCUUUUGAAGUCAUACACAUCGUAAAUCUUGACAACAACUUCGCUAAAAGCCUGAAAAUAUACUCAGUGGUUUGACUCAAAACAGCACAUUUAUUAUCUUGUAAACCAGGGCUUGUGUGAAAUAAUAACUAUUAUUUUUUGUGUUUGCAUUUUGUUCACUCACAAAUUAUGGUCAGGGCAUGAAAGCGUAAGCAGCCUGUAUUUCAUGCUAAUGUUCUCAUGAGAAUUUAGUAGGUUUUCAUCCCGGCUGCAUGUUGGAAGACUGGUGAGCACAUUCGUCUCACGGUUGGGGGUUUGAAUCCAGCCUACCUGUGCUUGCCUUGGUUUUCUCCAGGUACUCAAGCUUCAUCCCACAUUGCAAAAACAUGCUGUUGACUGAAGAUUCUAAAUUGUCCUUAGGUGAGAAUGUGAAUGUGAAUUUUCGUUUGUCUAUGUGUGGCCUGCGAUUGGCUGGCAACCAGUCCAAGGUGUCAGCUGGGAUACGCUCGAAUAAACCACCCUUGAGAUGCGCUUGUAGAUCAGGGCAAAAUGUAGUUGCUUUUUUUCAAAUCCGGCCUCGCCUGUGUGGAGUUUCCAUGUUGUCCCCGUGCCUGCAUGAGUUUUUCCGGGUACUCCGGUUUCCUCCCACAUUCCAAAAAUAUACAUGGUAUGUUAAUUGAAGACUCUAAAUUGCCCUUAGGUGUGAAUGGUUGUUUGUUUAUACAGUAUGUGCCCUGCGAUUGGCUGGCGACCAGUUCAGGGUGUACCCCGCCUCUCGCCCGAAGAUAGCUGGGAUAGGCUCCAGCACUCCCGCAACCAUAGUGAGGAUAAUCGGUACGGAAAAUGGAUGGAUGGGUAAUAUUACCUUUUCAGCACACAUACUACACUGUAAUGUGGCUGACUCAUAAUAUUUUGGAGAAUGUGGUGCUGUUGAUUUCUGCAAAGACUCUGACACUCAUGAUACUGGAGAAUGACGAGAUACUGUUUCAAGGUACUGUUGUGCUUCUUGUCAGAUUUCUAACUACAUUCUCUUGCGAACAUGUAGAUCUAGCUGUGACGACUGGCUCAAUUUGUUAUCAGCUGGUGUUGGAACUAGCUAGUCAUCAUACCAGAAGUCAUUUAAAAGGCAUUACUGCAGCGACUAAAACACAGGGAAACACACACAGGAUUGUAAAUAUAUAACUAAGUGUAUAUCCAUAACCUGGCCUUGUUUGGAAUGAAUGUAAUUUUUAAUAAAAUAAAACU